CUUUCUUUGGACUUCCACACACAGACAGACGUUCUCUCAGAGACACUUCUCAGUGAACCGAACACCGAUGGCGGUGUGGACAGGCGCCGCUUAUCUUGUUCGGCAUUCCUCCUCUAAAACGGCUUCCUCUGCUCAAGCUGCUUUCCUUCUACAUAGGCGCGGUCUCGCCCGAGGAGGCGAUCAUCAGGGACCUCCAAAGGUGAACUUUUGGCAGGACCCAUUGCACCCAUCUAGAUGGAAAGAAGAACACUUUGUGAUUGUCUCUUUAGCUGGAUGGGGGCUACUUUUCUAUGGAGGUUACAAGUUCUUCACUAAAGGCAAAAAGAACAAGAAGAGAAGAUCAGACAUCCCACAUAUAUUCCGAGUGAUCAAAUUGUUUGCAGAACAAAUUACCUGCCAAAAGCAGAAGAAGACAAUCCCUUUGAUGCAUAAAAACUUAGCAAGCGGUUUAUUUGGUGCCAACUCCUUUGCAAACACAUGGUAGAAAAUGACAAGAGAGUAUAAAGCCAGUGACACUGAAAUGUUAAGAAUGAUGCUGCAUGUCCAGCUGACCCAACUGGGAUAGGCUCCAAGAAGUUGAAGAGUUAUCAUCAAGAUUGAACACAAGGCAAAUCACAACAAACUGCCAUGUCCAGUACUCGAGAAGCUUCUAUCUAUUGUGGUUCAGAUGAGCAGUGCGGGGCUG